GAGAUACUUAAGGAAAAUAAGAAAUAAAAAGCAAAUACCUCAAAUUAAAAUAUAUAUAUAAUAAAUUAAAAGAUAAAAAAUAUCAAGAAAUAAGUAUAUAAAUUAAUUAAUUAAUAAACAAAUUUAGUUAUUAAAAUGGAAAAAAUAGUUUAAUUACUUGAGAAAAAUAAGAAAUUAGUUGGUUUGACCGCUGCUGCUGCCGCUGCUGUAGGUCUCAUCUAUUACUUAACUUAAAAGGGAGAAAAAGUUGAAUAAACAACCUAAAGAUAAGACGAUGAAGCAGGAUCUACUAAUGAAUCAUAAUAUUUAUAAAAGGCAAGAUAAAUCGCAAAGAAGAUUACAGUAAAAACUCUUGGAGAUACUAAGAAUUACGACAUGAAUACUAUCUCCCAAGUUAUGGAAUAUUCUCUCGAACUUGCUGAUUAAGAAUAUGUUGACCUCACCUUAAAAAAUAGAUUUGAAAGAAGAGAAAAGAUGGAUACUGAUAUCAACGAAUACGAAAAAUUAGUUUUAUAAUACAACGAAGAUGUUGAAAACACUAUUAAGAAAGCUUAAACUGCUAUUUUGGAGAUAUUGGAAAUCUCUUAUGAUGAUUUUGAAGAGUCUGUCAUCUCCUUCAUGGAAAAGGGUCACUAUUAAGAAAUUUACAUGUUUUAGGCUGCUAUCCGUCAAAAAAUCAAGGAAAAGAUUAAACCUACCAAAAAUUUAGGAAUUGAUGACCUUAAAAAUAUCAUAACUUUCUAACUCAACCUUCUUUAACAACAACCUGAACUUCUUAAAUCAAUUGUCAAAAAGCUCUCCUAAUAAAACGAAACUGUUUAAUUGAUCCCUGUCAUCUUGGGUACUCUUAUUAACGAUUACAUUUACAAGGAGUACUAAGUUGAAGAAGAAGACUAAAUGCAAAUCAUGGCAUAACCUAGUGUACUUGAAAACACUGAUAUUAUCAUCCUCAUCUAAUAAGUUGAACAAGCCAUGUUUAACGCUAUGGGAAGCAUGGGUUCUAAUAUGGAAGGAUUUUUCUAAUGA